CUGUGACUCUGGCUUGGCAACCUUUCCCGUAAGGUAAAGCCCCCUUCAUUAGCCAGCCGAGCCAGGGCGGGAUAACGUUAACGUUGGAGGAUGAUCCGUUUCUCCACACAGGAGCGAGCCAAGCAGCAUGGGGACGGAAUCCAACAUCCCCACUUCCUGCCAGCAACAUAUAACUACACGUGUACUUUGGUAUCCGUAAAUUCGGCGCAACCAAAGCAGCAACUUGAGAUUAUCGAUAAGUUGCAAGUGCUCAGCAGCAAAUAGUGUACCAUGAAACCAUCAAGGGUAGAAUUCUUGAUCAAACCCAAGUUCAUAGCCUCCUGGUUUCCGCGAGGUCAAGAAGUCCUCAUUCAGGCUGCCACUUGCCCACUUCAGCCCCGUCAGCGAAAGGAGUUAGCGGCAGGUGCUGCGCCCUGGCCUGACCAAUCCCCAUCAGGCACUCCUUCAUGUUCCAUCUGGGCCCGGGGACCCUGGUGCCUCCCCGCGAGCCGGGGUUCAGAAUUCAGACGCAGCCAUUUGGCCUGUCAAGCAACCCCAAUCUUGAUGAGGCUUGGAGCUGUCCCCAAACCUCGACCGCGCGUCUUCUUCAUUUCCUCCAGAGAGAUCUGGGCUGUCACCUCAAUUCACUUGCCGCUGGCGAGCACGCACUGCCCUAACCCCCCUCCGAGCGACAGAGAGCGAAGCCAAGAUACCGCUCCUUUGCGCAAUUGUUUUGCCGUCGAAUUGCGCGCGCUGACAGCCGCAGUUGAGCUCUCAGCUGCACUGCUGCUAAUCGCGGCAUCUCAUCGUGAGGCUCUGGCACCGCCCGCGCACGCUCGGCCGAAGUGGACGGAACCAGUCUUGGUCUGCCAUCUUGGAGGGCACGUCGAGCUUCACAAGAGGCCGACGGCUUGAUUUGUUUCCGCGUGUCGACGGAGGGGCUUACCUCCCGACGACCUGAAUGUGCUGAAGGCGGUAAUCGCGCAACACAUCGGCACAGGCGUGGCCGCACAAGUUGACC